AUGGGACGCAUCAGCGACAGCUUUACCAUUCUCUAUUUCGCCCUCGUCGCCGGGAUAUACCUCAAGCCGGAGUAUGCUGUUUUCAAUUCCAGGUUUGCAACGGCUGCUCUCCUUUUCGGGAUCACGACUGCGUCUAAGCUUGUUUAUCGGCUUGUGUUGUAUCCCGACUACUUCACUCCGUUGAAACACAUUUAUUCACCUGCAGAUCGCAGCUGGCUCACCGGUAAUUCUCCGAGUUUCUUGAUCGAGACCCCCUAUCCGCAGCUACGGGAGUGGGCCAAGAACAGGCCUAAUCAAGAUCUUAUCCGGUACUAUCUUGUCGCAAACCUCGAAAGAGUGAUUCUAACAAGCCCAAAAGCAUUGGGUGAGCUGCUUGUGACCAAAGUCUACGAUUUCGAAAAGCCCGAAUUGGUCCGGCAGAGCUUGCGGCGUAUUACAGGCGAUGGGAUCCUACUCGCUGAAGGUGAAGAGCAUAAGGUGAACUCGUCCCUCCAAAUGCCGCUCUACACGGAUACAAACUUACAAUGUCUCCACUAG